AUGAAGUCUACUCAUCCAGAGCCGAUCUCCCUAGACGUGGCGUGGCAUAUCUUCAAUCACAGCGAGCUCCAUGACCAGUCCGUAUUCGCACAAUGCUCGCGCACUUGGCAUUCGUUCUUCAACCCCAAACUUUACAGAAACGAUGUGAAAACGGGAAAAUACUCUGCCGUUUUCAACACCAUUGCCAACUGUAGAGAUACACGGGUGGCCCUCGCCACGCUACGGCAUACCCUCCAAGCCGGCGCUGACUACAACAGACCGGCCACCAUGUAUAUGACCGAGAGCCAUCGAUAUAGCCCUUUCCUCAUUACGGCCCUGUAUCUGGCGGCUUCCAAAGGCUAUGCUGACAUUGUGUCGUUUCUCCUUGAUCACGGUGCCGAUAUCGAUGGGGUUCCGGACUGCCGGCUACGUACUCCCGUCUUUCUAUCUCUUCUCAGCGGAGACGCCAAGACGUCCAUGGUUCUCCUUCGGCGCGGCGCACGGCUUGUGUCUUCUGAGUUUGGCAUCAACGCUCUCCACCAAGCCGCCGCCGCCGGGCUCACCGAAGUGAUCACGUACCUUGUCGACGAGAAAGGGAUGGAAGUGAACGAGGCCGACAACAACGGGGACACGCCACUGAUUCACUCCCUGUUGUCUCCGUCGCCAGAAACGGUCAUAGAUCAGCUGGCGCAGUUCGGCGUGGACGUGAACCAGCCCACGACGAUCGACACAUGGCGUAUGACGGCCCUUAGCAUGGCGUGCGAGGACGGCAUGUUCUCCGCCGCCCUGGCACUGUUGAAGGCUGGAGCGGAUGCCACGGGCGAGCUGGACGGAUUGGUCGAGGGGGCCGACCCAGCACUCCGUAUAUUCGAUCAAAAGCCGCUCGAGCUCGUGCUCCUGGCCCGGGUCAAAGAAACGGAUGGCAGGACGGCAUCGGCGAAGCAACGGCUCAUCGAACUCCUCCUCAUGUCAGGCGCUGACCCAAACCAGGCGGUUUGCAUAUCGGCACGCUGCAACUGGACAGGGCCCCUCUUGCUGAAGCUGACUCGAGAGCGGCGCCGUUGGGAAGCCGAGAUGCUGCUUUCUUCGGGCUUUGUAGACAUUGACAGGCGCGACUCGCAUGGUGCGACGACUCUCGACUGGGCACUUUCCACAUGCCACGGCAACCCCGUGAUGGCGUCGAUCUUGCUGCGGCGCGGUGCCAAGAUGGACGAUGCCGUGUUGUGCGACAUUAUCGGCAAGCUGGCGCGUCUUGCGGACGCACAAGACCACUGGAGUGUGAUCAGCCUAUUGGCGCGAGAGCCUAAGCUGUUGAAGAUAUUCCACGUGUUGUAUUCGCACUGUUUCUGGGUAGCAUCUCGGAGUGGUGACGCUGCCGCAUCACGGUUCUUGCAAGAGUCGCCGGGCGUGAUUGUGCGCCUCGUCACGGAGAUGCUGAAGGAUGGUGUGAGUCUGACGAAGACGGGCGUCUUGAACAUGCUGCGGAAUGCGAAGGAGAGCAUUUCGCCUUUGGACCACUUGACAACACAGCUCUUCGAGUGGUCUUUCCGCGAUGAAAGUGAGCUCGAGAAAAGACAGAGGGCCGUUGAAGUCGUGGGACAGAAACGUAGUAGGAAAAGGGCUCGUGCCAAUACUUACAACACACACCCCGCUACGCCUGACGACACAUCCGAGGAUGACUGGACGGCACCGAACACACCAGACACAAGAAGAGAGCCCAGUGACCUUGGGCAGAAAGCCGGCGAUGAAUGUAGCACAACCGUGCCCGUUGCUGCUGUAGCUGCGCUGAUGCAGGAGAUUGCCAAGAACAAAUGGACUGCUGUCAUUUUGGUGGAAUUCGACGGCAGCGAGAAGGCGGUGUUGAGG